AUGCCUCCGCUUUCUGAAACGAUGACGAAUUCAAACUUACAAAAAAUGGAUAUCAAAGACGAGGAGUUGAACUCCAUCCUCGACGGAUUGUGCAAGAUGUUCGAGGAGAAGCACAAACGACCGCCGACGGAGGACGAGAUUAAGAUUUGGAUUUCUCAGUUGAAGGAUGCGAGCACGGACUAA